AGUUUUCAGAUCAAGCCGUAUCGGUAUAUCCAGCACUCUUUCUAAACGCCCUUGAAUAAGAUCAGGAAACCAGCUGUGGAAACAUGGCUGCAGAUGACGAAUCGCUGACGGCCCCUCAUAGACGACUGGGCUACGAGAUAUUGCCCAUCUCCCAAAAAGAUCUGGCAACAACGCAAACCUCUGUGCCUCUGAUUUUGCCGAACGACUUUCAGUAUGAUUCCACUUCAGGCAAGCUUGUUAAGCAGGCAGGUGUGAAAAGAACCCACCUUGUCGUGGUGGACGAGGCACUGGAGCUGCUGCAGGAUAUAACAGAUCCAGUCAGCGUACUGGGUAUUUGUGGACCAUCACGGAGCGGAAAGUCUUACGUUUUGUCAAGGAUGGCCGGAGCUCAUGAUGCGUUUGAGCUUGGAAAUAAAAUGAACUGUCAGACGUUGGGUAUCUGGAUGGGAACAAAGGUCCUGAGAAAUAGAGAGAAAGGUUUUACCACUAUCUUGAUAGACAGCGAGGGGACAGACGCCUCUGAUGCCGCUCAUGUUGGCAUUCUUGUGAUAACAGUGCUGCUUACAACACAGCUGAUUUAUAACACCAAGAAUGUACCAAAGAAAAAGGAUCUAGAAGAACUCAAAGCCCUUAUUCAUGUUACUGGUAAAAUUCUGGCAAAGGAAAAUGAAGAGGUGGCAGAUGAUAUGGGGGAACAUCGCAGGAUGUUUCCAAACUUCAUGUGGCUUCUGCGAGACGUCUAUUUGAAGUGUGUUCACCCUGACACCGGGGAGGAAAUGUCAGCGACUGAUUAUGUGAAAACAGUGGUAUUCAGGAACGACUCACAAGAAACCAGUCAAGAGAGGAUAGGCAGAGUCAUUUCAUUGGCUUUUCGUUAUGUGGAGGCAUUUACCCUCCCCGCUCCGGGGCUUGGGGAAGUUUUAAUACAUCCUGUUUAG